CGACGAGGGCGUUGCGAUACAUACCACGCCUCCGCUGUUUCCUCUCGGUCAUGGAAGACGAUGGGCUCACAACUGGGGCGAUUCAGCGUCUACUGAACAAAGAAAACGUUCACAAACCCGUGCUGCAGAUAUCGGACUUAAAAGCCAUUCGCAAUGACUCUGCAGAGAGAUGUAGGAUAGUGCUCUUCGAUGGAGCAGACUGUCUCACAUAUGCUAUGCUUGGAGCACAUCUUACAAACACGGCCAGCGACAACCAUAUUGACAAAUACGCGGUGGUGCGACUGGAAAAGUACAUGUGGUAUACCGUCAGAGAAAGUAGCAGAGAUAUUCUGGUUGUUCUGGGCCUAACCGUCAUCCGCAAAGGAACGGACGUGGGCCGCACGUUGCGGAGGCCUUCGAUUUACAUCUUUUCAACGCCGUCGACAGCACCGGUAGCGGCGUCAUUUGAAAGCAGCUCAAGUGGCGGUAUCAUCCCGAUCGCUCAACUUACCCCUUCUUAUCCAGGGAGGACAAUCAGAAUUCGGGUCACGUAUAAGACUGCCGUACGAGGUUGGAGCAAUAGCAGGGGCCCGGGAAAGUUGUUCUCCCUUCAUCUGCUCGACGAAAGUGGGGAAAUAAGUGCGACGGCGUUCAAUCAGGACUGUGACCGGCUUUAUGAUGCUAUUCAAGUCAACAAGGUUUAUGACAUUUUAAACUACAUCGUGAAACCACCCAAAGACCCUUCGUAUUCAAUUUUUGAACACGAAUACGAGCUCUUAUUCACGUCAAAAACCACCGUCUAUCCAUGCCCUGAUGAUCCUCCAAACAUUCCCAAGCUGAAGCUCAAGUCGGUGCCCAUAUCGAAUGUUCCAUAUGUGACAGAGAACAGUGUCUUUGACGUAAUUGGGAUCUGCUCGUGGACAGACGUUGUGAGGACGGUGAAGAAGCGUUCCACCAAUGAGGACCUCAAGAAGCGAGACGUACUCCUAGUGGAUGAAAGCCGUACGGACGUCUCCCUCACGCUCUGGGGUGAUCAGGCGGAGAAGUUUGACAGUGCGGGUAACCCUGUCAUCGCUGUGAAAGGAGUGCACGUUACCCGUUACAAUGGUGACAUAUCUCUCUCCAUGCUUUUCUCGGGAGCCCUGCACGUCAAUCCAGACAUUCCGGAGACCCAAGCACUAACCAGUUGGUACAAGGAAAAUGCGUCAUCGCCUACUCGUUCGCUCUCCGCCCGUAGCAGCGAAUUACUGGGACGCUCCCAGCUUUGA